UAAGUUGAAAAAUUAUUGCCAAUUAUUCGAUUUUUUGAAAAAAAAUCAGGAUUUAUUGUCAAUAGAAUUUAAGAAUGGAUAAAAAAAACUAGAUUAAAUUUGUUGCUCCAUCGUGCAUUUUUGGUUGCUCUUUUUAACAUCUUAGGCUAUUUUCACAAAAAAUGUGACCGAUAAAAAUCGUGGGCUCACCUUUAAAUUUAACAUUAAAUGAAAAAAUCUCAUUAAAGUGACGUGUUUUUUUUCUUUCAAAACCCGGUCAAAUUUCCUACAAGUUUGUCUUGGACCACUUUUUGAUACGAUGUAACGGCUUCGAGAUACAGAAAUAUUUAAAUUCUGAAUUACAAAACACUUAUGCUCUUCUCAAAUGUCAUUAUCGAGUGAAAUUGGCUCCAUAUACACAAAAAUGGCUUACAUAAGCGAAGAAUAACAUGUCUACAAAGUUUCAUUGCAAUCGGAGAGGGUCGAGAAAAAAGUACCUAAAAAAUUCCUGUUUUGAGCUGGAAUUGCUCUUAAGUUGAUUCUUGUUAGCCGAUUUGGCUCUAAAUUGUUGCAGAUAUAUUCGUUUUGCCUAAAGAAUAGUUCCAAGGGGUGUCUACAAGGUUAUCACCCUAAUGCCCCCAAGUGUACUGAGUGGGCUUGUUUGAUCAUGUCUCUUUUUGAACAAAGAACAUUCUGAUGUCAUCUUUCGGAAUGACUACAAAAUUGAACUGCAGCGUAUUUGAUAAAACUCUCUCGCAUCUAACCGGGAUAAGAAACUUUCCAAACAAAAUAACUUCUCCAUGUUUACGGUGUGUAACUAAAAGAAAAGAUAGAAAAAAGUUCAGUCAGUCGCGAAAAGCAGCCUCCUCGGAGAAGGACAACAACAACAGCGCCGGCAGCAGCAGCAGCAACAGCAGCAGUCGGGCCAGCAAGUCUCCGCCGGAGAGUCCGGUGCGGAACCUGACCGCCCCCCCGUUCGGAACCCGCUCCUCGUCGGAGAGCAGCCCGGGGGCGUCCCCGCGGAAGGUGCAUUAGAAGCAGCACGCGAUAUAAAUAAAGCGAAGAAAUUGGCUACUUUUUCAUCACCAAGUCAAAUCGCGCCGGAACUUGCCUUAGACACCUAGAGAGAAUGAGAAAGAGGAAGGUGCUUAGCCUAAGUUUUAUGCAAGCGAAAAGACAAUAAAAUGGACGCAGGAUGAGGGUUUUUAUGGAGUUUUUUUUUCUGUUUGAGUCAAGAAAGUUUGAGAGUUUAUUCGCGAAUAUUAGUUAGAAAGUUUUUUUUUUUGGUUUCGAGCUCACACACCUAAGCGCUAAUUAAGUUGAGAGAAAGAUGAAGAAGCAGAACCGUUGCGUACGUAUAGUAAUUAGCCCCACUAGAGUUACUGAGUAGGUUGUAUUUAUUUAUUGGAACAAUGAAUAAUGAAGGAGUGUAACAAGAACA